AUGCGGGAUACACCAUCGGGACGUGAUUGGAACAUGACGGCAUGGAAACACAAGAACAAGAUCCCCGGACCUGCAUCGCCGGCAAAACAUCGGCUUUUUGGUCCAUCAAGCGUUUCCAUCAUGUCGGACGUGCCCAUGAACGUGACAAUCUGGAGAUUGCGGGGCCCCAGCUCACAUCACCGAUCAAUCAUGCGUGCGUUCAUCUCUUCAUCACCCCAGCAAGACCGCGUGGCCAGUGGCCUGUCAGCCUCUGAGACCCACUGCCUACUCGGUGAGGCCGUGCAAAAGGUGGUGUGGGAAUUCCGGGGCUAUGGGAACUGUGGGGAUGCAAAUCUGGACAUCGAUGGUCUGCUGCACCAACCCAGUCGCCCCAGGAAAACAAAAUGA